UCAUGGGGGCCGGGCGAGCGGUGGGGCUGCUGUUGGUUGUGCUACUGACGAUGCCUAGAGCCCGAGCAAACUGUGGGGAGAGAGAGUACUUCCAUCAAGGUCUCUGCUGUGUGUUUUGUGAAGCAGGUACCUUUGUUGCUGAUCACUGCAGUGCUUCACAUUUGAAAGGAAAAUGUGACCCUUGCAAGGAAGGAAAAGACUUUACUGCCCAUGCAAACGGCUUGGAGGGAUGCUUGCCUUGCAGACAGUGCAGAGAGGAUCAGAUAAUUCUGAGACCCUGUACUCUGACACAGAAUGCUGAGUGCCAGUGCAAACAAGGGUAUUUCUGUGAUGAUGAGAGCUGUGAAGUGUGUCAGAGAAUUGGUCAAAAGCAUCCCGACGGGAAAGAAAUCCUGCUGAAUUCCACUGAUACUGCAGACCCACAAGGGAGGGAAGCUCUUCUUUGGUUUAUUCCGGUGCUUCUGUUGUCUGGUCUGGGUUUGCUAGUAGUUGUUGCUGUUGUUGUUAAAAAGCUGAAAUGUGAUAAAGCUGCCUCAACUGAUAAAGAUGUAGAGGGAUAUCUGGUACGAGAACAGAGUCAGAUAAUUGUCAAAGAUCUUGCUCAAAGUGAACUGAGAGAGACCUUUGAUGUCUUUACAAAGGAAGUACCGCCACAACAGUGGAAGCAGCUUAUGAGAACUCUUCUACAGGAAAAUGAUAUUGAUAAAAUUAUUUCUAAAUUUCCUGAUAACAGAGAAGAACAAUCCUAUCAGAUGCUUUUCAUCUGGAAAAACAGACUGGGAAAGAAACAAUGUAUUAUUCAUUUACUGGAUGCACUGAGGCACAUAGAUACCAAGGCUUAUUACAGUGUAUCAAACACUUUAAAAAAUAACAACAUUAUAAGUAAAGUAGAAGCUGAAGAUUGAUGUUUAUGAGGAACUGCAAAAAUGUUCCUGCAUACAUAUGAGUGUCUUCAGACUUCCUUUAAACGAGGGUGUCAGAAACUGCUAGUAGAAAUGGAGUUGUUAGCCUCCUCAUCUCAUGCAGAGAGUCGGAAGGGAUGUAAUACCUUUGUUAUUUUCAUGUUUACAUGACCUUCCUCCCUCUGAGUCGUAAAAUAUUAAACUCAGGUGCUGGAUGCCCGCUUCGGAGUCAGGAGCUCGGGCAUCCCUUAGUUUGUGGCAGUGCUGUCCCAGCCUGGGGGCGGGGACCAAGAGUCCGCUGCUGUUUUUGAGUACUGCGAUGCUUCUAGUUUCCGAAACGAUUUUGUUUUGUACCGGACUGCUCAGCACUGCUAUGUUUGAAGCACAGCAAUAAAAGCCUGGCAGAGA